GCGGCCGCAACAGCCAUGGGGCUGUCAUGCUGGUGCCGGGGCCUUCGCCUCCUCUUCGUGGCGUCCCUGCUCGUCCUCUCCGCCGCGGCGCUGCUGCUGCAGCCCUCGCCACGCGCGGGGAGCCGACCUCCUCCGCCCGAGCCGUCCACCGCCGCCGCCGACGCGCUCCUCGCCCGCAUGUGCGACCCUCGCGGCUCGCACCCGGCGCCGCCCUCCUGGUGCCACACACUGCACCUCAGGCGCCGCGUCGGGGCCGCGGAGCACCGCCACCACCAGCACCACCACCACCACCGGCCCGUGUCGAUGCCGCUGCCGCCUCCGGGCCGCGACGGCGGCGCUGGGGAGGAGAUCGACGUGCGCUACGGCGUCGCCAAGCGGCUCGUCCCGACGGGGCCGAACCCGCUGCACAACUGA